UUCAAGUUGAAGUCGAUGAAUUAUGUGCCUCUCCAUCCUAACACAGAGUAGCUUACCCAUCCCACGUCCACCCCUCAUUCUCCCUCGCCCAAAUACACUAAAUGUAACAAUCUCACUCGUGCGCACUUGCCACUGGCCAGAGGCGCGCGCUUUGGUAUUAAAGUAAGAGAUGCAGGGACUUACCACUUCAUUGUCAAUAUCACGCCCGUUCUUUCUUGCGGUGUUACUGUGCAUUUGAGGGGGCUUUUGCAAAUCUACUAACGCUUCUUGAUCCAGUUAUGAGUGCUGAAUUUGAAAGCAUACUUUAAAUUUUUAAAUGGAGCUGCUGAUGUGGACAUGGCAGGUAACCUGCCUGACAUUAAUCGCAUGUGCGGUGGAUGUGGUUUUGGCACAGAUUCGUUACAUGAUUCCAGAGGAACUGGAGCACGGGGCUUUUGUUGGAAAUAUAGCGGAGGAUCUUGGAUUAGACAUCAACAAACUAUCUAUCCGCAGAUUUAGAAUAGUCUCCGGCGCCAAAAAACAAUAUUUGGAGGUAAACUUAGAAAACGGCGUUUUGUUUGUGAAUGAAAGAAUUGACCGAGAAGAGCUGUGCGAGCAAAAUCCCUUUUGCUCAUUUCAUCUCCAGGUUGUUAUCGAGAAUCCAUUGGAAUUAUACAGAGUGGAAGUUGAAAUAUUGGAUGUCAAUGACAACUCACCUGUUUUUCAGUGGAGUGAAUUUAACCUGGACAUCUCAGAAUCGGCUGUGUCUGGAUCGCGCUUCCCACUGGAAAGCGCGCAGGACCUGGAUGUCGGCGACAACUCUCUGCGCUCUUAUUUGCUAAGCGUAAACGCGCACUUUAUCCUGGACGUGCAGACGCGCAGCGACGGCAGCAAGUUCGCUGAGCUGAUUCUUGAGACCCCGCUAGACCGAGAGCAGCAAAGAAAUCACCUAAUGGUUCUUACAGCUGUGGACGGGGGCGCGCCAGAAAGGACGGGUACUGCGCAGAUAAACGUCACAGUCCUGGAUGCGAAUGACAAUGCGCCGGUGUUCGACCAGAACUUUUAUAAAGUUAAACUGGCUGAAAAUGCACCUCGAGGCACGGUGGUGAUUAAACUAAAUGCCACUGAUCUUGAUGAAGGACCCAAUGGAGAGAUCACUUACUCUUUUAGUGGGCACGCUCCGAUGAGAGUGCGUGAGCUGUUCUCUGUGGAUCCCCGCACUGGAGAAAUUAAGGUGAAAGGACUCAUUGAUUAUGAAAAGGCAAGAAUGCACGAGAUAUAUGUGCAAGCUAAAGAUAACGGGCCGUCUGCCGUGGCUGUACAUUGCAAAGUUAUGGUUAAUAUCCUAGACGUCAACGACAAUCUACCAGAGGUGAUCCUUACCUCAGUGUCCACACCUGUCCAAGAGGACGCACCACCUGGCACAGUUAUCGCAGUUAUUAGCGUUAUGGAUAAGGAUGCUGGGGAGAAUGGAAACGUCGAUUGUGAAAUUCCUCAUCACGUGCCAUUUCAGCUACACUCCUCCUUUAAAAACUAUUACACGUUGGUUACGUGUGAUUUUCUAGACAGAGAAACCAUUUCUGAGUAUAACAUUACUCUCACUGCCCGUGACAUGGGAACGCCACCUCUUUUCACCAGGAAAACCAUUUUGGUCCAGGUGUCUGAUAUCAAUGAUAACGCGCCACGAUUUAAGCAGCCCUCCUACACAGUCUACCUAACCGAAAAUAACGCGCCAGGUGCCUCGAUUUGCACAAUCACAGCACAAGACGCAGACGCGGAUCAGAAUUCCUAUUUGUCAUAUUCUGUUUUGGAAAACGACAUCCAUGGGAUGCCAGUGUCCACCUACGUGUCCAUCAAUUCCGACAAUGGCAAUAUUUACGCACUGCGCUCUUUCGACCACGAGCACGUCAGAAACUUUCAGAUCGUGGUUCAAGCGGAAGAUGCUGGCUUUCCGCCCCUCCGCACGAACGUCACUGUAAACGUAUUUGUUUUGGACCAAAAUGACAACCCGCCAGUAGUUGUUGCACCAAUGCCCGUGAAUGAUACAGAAGCUGUUGUAAUUGUACCCAGAUAUGCCGAUGCUGGAUACCUAGUGGCCAAAAUAACUGCCAUGGACGCAGACGCGGGCCAAAACUCACGUCUCUUUUAUGAGGUCCGCCAAGCUACAGAUCUUAGCUUAUUCAGUGUUGCCCUAUACACUGGAGAGAUCAGGACAAUGCGCCGGCUGAUGGACAACGACCCCACGAGGCAUAAACUGAUGGUUUUGAUCAAGGACAACGGUCAGCCACCCCUCUCGGCCACGGCCUCCAUCAUCUUGUCAGUUGUGGACAAUGCGCCCGAAUCUUUGCCUGAUCUCGGUGACCUCGCACUCAGCCCCCAGUACUCAAACCUCGCGUUGUAUUUAAUAGUGUCCCUGGGCGCAGUUUCAUUUACCUUUCUAGUGGCUAUUAUUGUCCUGGCUACAGUUAAAGGAUACAGGGACAGAAACACCAUUCUUCAUUACAGUUCGUCAUGUUGUGGUUUUCAUUCUAAGGCCUCUACCAGUGAUAAUAUUAAUAAAAAGUCUAACUUGAAUAUUCACGUAUCACCAAGACAUAAGGAAGCGGCGCACUGCGUGGAAGUCAACGGGAAUGAUCCAGUCGGUCAAAACUACUGCUAUAAAAUGUACUUAACUCCAGAGUCAUCGAAAAGUGACUUUAUGUUCCUCAAGCCAUGUAGCCCUGCCGGAACAAGUUCUCGAAAUAAUAUCAAGGAUGUGGGCCACAAAACUCUGACUUGGAGCCCAGCAAGCCACAGUCUCGUAACAAAGAAUGAGAUGAUCUCUCCAAACGAAUUCAGAUGGGGCAACAAAGACCAAACACUGACCAAAAACCAGCUCAAUUCUACAUAUAAAAGUCAUACUUCAAUAAAUACAGGUAGGACACUGCAGCGCAGAAUGAUGCAGGACUCGGACAAUUAUGCUUAUCAAUCUGUUUCUCAGUACUGGACUUGGGGGAAUCACAUCCAUGAUUAUAAGAGCUCACCCAAGGUUGGGAGCUUUUCCAACCGCUCAUGGACUCCACGUUACAACCAACCGGAUCCACCUCAACCCCCACCGGAUUAUCAACAUAAUGUUUACAUUCCAGGAACACCAUCUACACAAUGUACGCUUAAGUUAGCUAACAAUGCUGACAUCGAAGUCUACAGCUCGUUCUCAACUUUUGGAAAGAAGAUAAAGCUUAUGCCAAACAAUAACCAACAAGAGGAUGUAGUAAUAACCAAUGAUUUUUUCAAGUAAUUUUUUAAAAACCUGAAUUUAUCACAUAAAAGCAUUUCCUGUUUAGAAAUAGUGCAUUUUAAUUGAAUUGUACUGUAUACUUUACCUUCAUAACUGUCAAAAAAAUAUAACUAAAUAUUUAUUAUUUUUAUAUUAUUAUUAUUAUAAUUGUUUGUCAGGCAUUUUGAAAAAUCUCUGGAACGUAAACAAGUGGUUGCUUAACUGUAGCCUAAUUUAUUUUUAAGAAUAGGCAAUAGUUAUUAUUUUCCAGUUCUAUACCUCUUGUUCUUUAUGUACAAAAUCGUUUAAUAAUAAAUGUUAUUUUUAUUAAAAGAGUAUUUUAUAUUUAACCUCCUAAGACUUGGAUGUUCACAUACAUGGACAUCAAAAUUUUCUUUUUUUUUGCACCAUAAUACUUAAUUGUGUGUAACUGGAACCUGUUGUACACAAACGUGGACAAUUACACUGCUUCAUGUUCAAAGAAAAAUAUUUGGUCAUU